AUGACUGACUACCUGGAAAAGGGAAAAACAGUCACACGAGACUACUACUCGGGUUUGCUGAUAAAAUUGCCGUCUGAAUUGGUGAACAACGCUGGCAUAUUUGCAGCAAGGUUUAUCAAAGAUCUUGAUGAAAACGCCGUAGAAGAGAACUUUAACAUCAACUUCAAAGUGCCGGUACUUCUGUCCAAGUUGGCUCUUCCACAUCUGCUCAAGACAAAAGAGUGGGGACCGGCUGGCAUCCGAGUGAAUUCUGUCAGUCCUGGUGCUAUCGACACCCCGAUUUUCUCGAAGAUUCUGGGUGGGGACAAGGCAAAAAUGGAUAUGGUUGCCCAAAUGCAGUCCAAGCUACAUGCCCUACAGAGGAAUGGUGAGGUGACCGAGGUAGCGGAAACUGUCGCCUUUUUGGCGUCUGAUGCCUCCAGUUUCGUCAGUGGGACCGUCGUGUUCGCUGAUGGAGGCAGACAUAGUUAUCCCGCCGGUUCAGGAUCGUUCAGCGGGAAAUCCGCCUUUUGA